GAUGUCAUCAUACAAGGAAGGCGGCCUAUUUUCUCAGAGUCUGAAGAGACUAACAUUGCUACUCAGCUAAAGCAGUGGAAGGAGCAGGGGAUGAAGUACACUAGGCUUGAUGUUGUUAAAAUGGCUUCAGAAUAUGCUGUGCAUCUUGGGAAACGACCCCAAGGUAGACCUCUGACUGUUAAAUGGUUCCGCAGUUUUCUGACACGCCACCCAGAGUGCUACAUCCGAAAGUCCAGAAAGACCAAAAAUGAAAGACCAGAAAAGCAGCACUUUAACCAGCUUGACAUGAUUUUAACCACAUACAACAUGAAAGAGAGCCCACAUUGCAUCUUUAGCCUAGUGGAGCUACCCUUGACAAUGCUGAAAAAUGGAGAAAUAUCUGUCCCAGAAGAUCUGAGUCUAAAUGGUGGAAGCGUCAAUGGCAGUAGUAAGUUGAACAAGAAGCUGACUUUCUUGGGCAAAGUGCCAUCAACCAUUCUGUUUUGUGGAAGUGCUGCUGGCCAAGCCCUGCCUCCUUUUCUUAUUUUCUCUGGGAAGACCCUGGAUAAAUCAGUUCUGUCUGGUGUCACCCCUGGUGCAGGAGGCAUUGCAUGCUCAUCUGGGCGGGCCACACCUGAAGUCUUAGUGUCCUUUUUAAGAGAGCACUUUUUGUCACAAGCUCCUGGUCGAUCAGGGGACACACUUGUCCUCUUGCUGGACUCAAACCUUGGCCGAUGCCUGAACCAGGCAGUAAUUGACCUUGGCUCUGCAUUCAAGGUUGUGUUUGUGACGGCUCAAACCACACUCAACCCCCAACUCCAUCCCAUGGCUGUAGGAUGCUGCAACACCUUUCAGCGUGAGCUCUGCUAUGAAUUGCAGAAACCCCUUUACUCAUCGGAGACAGCCUCUAUAUCAUCAUCCUCAAUCUGUGAGUUUUUGUGCCGUCUUUACCAUCGCAACAUGUCAGCAGAAAAUCUACACUCCACUUUUAGGAAAGCAGGCAUCUUUCCAUUCAACCCCUCUAUCUGCCGUAAGAGAUAUGGCUCAGCUAUAGUACGACCCAGCUUGGCUACAGGGCCUUCAAGCAAGUAUCGAGAGCCAGUCUCUGGUAAUCUGACCCCCAACCUGCGAGCCUGUGAGGAUGAUGAUGACAUGGAUGGCAAUCCAGUAGAUGAUGAUGUUGACCUGCAGUAGAAGAUAGCUACUCUGUUUGCCUGCUCUGCAGCCCUGAAGGCUUUGCAGCGACUUCAUGUCUGGUUGUUGUAACUUGUGUCUGUGCACUUAAAACUUAAUAUCUCAGUCUGUUUUAUCUGUUUGUUCAUUGGUUGACAACUUGGUGCUCACAUACUGGCUCAUGUUACCUGCGCUUCACCCAUUGCCAAAAUUUAAAUGGAUAGCAAAUAUUCACUUUUGUAGUAGAUUUGCAGAGCUAUGACUACUUUAGGAUCUCAG